CGGGGGCCGGGAUUAAUGAAUUUGCGAGGGCAGAGACUUGGGUGUUAUUGCUAGGGAUGAGCAUCAUUGCAGUGGCGCAAAUCUGGUAUCUUCACGUCAGUCUAAGCUACGCAGGGCCGGCCCUUGUCUGUCCUCUCGCCUUUUGCUCCUUCAACUUGUCAUCCAUCUUUGCCGGACUUGUCUUUUACGAUCAAUUCGGCCAGCUUGCGACUUAAUCGAAUCCUCCUCGUAUCCUGGGCACAGCCCCUGCUUCUCUUGGGGGUCUGGAUAGUCUCCGCCAUACAGCCAGAAGGCGCUGCGGUAGAGGUCGGCACUUGGGUAGAAGACAAUUGCGAUAGCGACUUUGAGUCCGUCGUCGAUGAAAGAGCUUGAGACUGGGGAAGGCGCCAUACUCUUGGGAGGUGAUACUUCCAACGAGCCGGAAAACAGCGAGCCAGCUCGCCCCUCUCAACCUUCUGGUCUGUCGAUACCGCCGACGCCCCGAGGAGGUACCAUCCCGUGUUCGCCCCUUCCCCUGGUACCCCCGCCUCUUCCUUCCCCAGGUACCCCCGCCUCUCCCUUAUCCCCCCGUAUCCGCCAACACUCCCACUUCAAUCCCACGGCCCUCACGGACGCAGACACCGUGGCCCGCGGUACGAUUGACGCUCGAGAUCAGGAAGAUGACAUCGAAGAGGCUUUGAGCGGGUGGGACAACUCGCAAAGGACAACCCGGAGAUGGUGGGAUGUCAGACAAUUGUGGAAGGGCGAAGGUGAAAUCCGCCUGGCAGAGGAUUAAAUUGCUGCUGGGUUGCUGCUGAAUUACAAUUGUAUCAUUAUUCCUGUUACUUUAGUAUUGCCAUUAUCACCCAAGCAUAUGUGUAGAGUAGAAAUCUUUGUUGGCGGCGGAUUGGGCUCGCUCCGUUGGGACCUGUCGAGUGUCAGUACCUCUGAUGAUGUGAUGUGAAGGCUAUACGCACGAGUGCUGCAUAGUCGACUUCGGACAUGGUUGGCCAGGCAUAGAGCUAUGUGAGGGGUGAGAGAGUUAUCCAGGUUGUAG